AUGCCAAGUUUGGAUUUGCCUGUAGAAUUGAAGAACGUUACCAUUCUUCAGUUCACUAACUCUUACUAUGGAAAUCUGUUGCUAGCUGAUGAUGCCGUCUAUUCAUGGGGAAAGAAUGACUAUGGAGUUGAUGCUGAUGGUACAACUGUGAAUCAUUACCAACCAAGGAAGGUCUUUUCAUGGGAUUUACAAGGUCCUAAAGGAAUCGCUCAGAUUGCUUCUGGCCCAUAUAACUUUUAUGCUAUUGACGAAAAUGGUAAACUCUAUUCAUGGGGAAAGAAUGAUUUUGGCCAACUUGGCGAUAGAACUCCAAUUGACAAAUGGAGACCUGUGGACGUUUUUAUGAAGGGUGCUUUGCUUAAUCAAACAGUUACCAGAGUUUGUGGUGGUUUGACUCAUACUCUUGUCCUUGCCAACAAUGGAAUGCUUUACUCUUUUGGUGAUAACUCUAAAGGACAACUUGGUAUCGGAGUUAGUUCCUCAGUUAUUGCAAAGAAAUGGGAACCUGUCCUCAUCAAUUUCCCAUUCAAUGACACAAUUGCAGAUAUUCAAUGUGGUGAUAACCACAACCUGGUGCUCUUGACUGGAGGUGCCAUGUAUGCUUGGGGUCUUAACGACUAUGGGCAACUUGGAGAUAAUACCACAACAACAAGAACAAAACCAACCAAAGUCAACACACUCUCAGCUAUUGGUCCAAAAAGAAUUGAGCAAAUUGGAGCUGGAGGCUACACUUUUUAUGUAAUUGAUGAAAAUGGAAAAGCAUAUGCUUGGGGCAGAAACAAUAGAGGCCAACUUGGAGACAAAACAACCAUUGACAAGCCAAGACCAGUUGACGUCUACAUGAAAGGCAUUUUACUCAAUCAAACAGUCAUUAGGGUUUGUGGUGGAGAAAGUCACACUUUGUUGUUGACUAGUAAUAAUGAAUUAGCGGCUAUGGGUGACAACACUUAUGGGCAAUUAGGUGUGGGUACUUCUGGUGGAUAUAAAAUGGAACCAACAAGAGUCAACAUCAAAUUUAAUGGUACUAUUAUGGACAUACAGUGUGGUGAAAAUUAUAACCUUGUCUUAACUUCCAAAGGGUUGGUAUACGGUUGGGGAAGGAACGAUGUUGGUCAACUUGGAAGUGGAGACAAGCUAGACAAGUUGGAACCUACUCUUAUUUCCUACCUUAAAAACAGCACAGUAGUCAAGAUUUAUGCCAGAUUUUCGACCUCAUUUGCUCUUACCAAUGAAAGUUUCUUAUAUGCUUGGGGUAAUAACAAUCAAUACCAAUUGGGU